GCUGAUGUGGCUAUUUUGGUUGUGGAUGCUAGCAGAGGAGAGUUUGAAGCAGGGUUCGAGACAGGUGGACAAACUCGAGAACAUGGAUUAUUAGUGCGCUCUCUUGGAGUGACACAGCUGGCUGUUGCAGUCAAUAAAAUGGACCAGGUCAAUUGGCAACAGGAAAGAUUUCAAGAAAUUACAAGUAAGCUCGGCCAAUUUCUUAAGCAAGCUGGCUUUAAGGAGUCAGAUGUGGCUUAUAUCCCAACGAGUGGCCUUGGUGGUGAAAAUCUGGUCACAAGGUGUCAGUCGAGUGACCUCACACAAUGGUAUAAAGGAAAGUGUUUGUUAGAGCAAAUUGAUUCUUUCAAGCCACCACAGAGAUCAGUGGAUAAACCAUUUAGGUUGUCUGUUGCUGAUGUUUUUAAAGACCAAGGAUCGGGAUUUUGUGUGACUGGUAAAAUAGAAGCAGGCUAUAUUCAAGUUGGAGAACGACUUCUGGCAAUGCCUCCCAAUGAAACUUGCACUGCAAAAGGAAUCACACUGCACGAUGAACCAGUUGAUUGGGCUGCAGCAGGAGAUCACAUUAGUCUCACUUUGACCGGCAUGGAUAUCAUCAAAAUCAACGUUGGCUGUGUAUUUUGUGAUCCCAAGGAACCUAUUAAAGUUUGCACUCGUUUCAGAGCUCGGGUUCUCAUCUUCAAUAUUGAGGUUCCAAUCACUAAAGGAUUUCCUGUGCUUUUACACUAUCAAACCAUAAGUGAACCUGCUACUAUUAAAAGACUGUUGAGUGUCCUGCACAAAAGCACUGGCGAAGUGACAAAGAAAAAACCUAAGUUCUUGACUAAAGGACAGAAUGCUCUAAUAGAACUACAGACUCAAAGGCCUGUUGCUCUAGAGUUGUAUAAAGAUUUCAAGGAGCUUGGGAGGUUUAUGUUACGCUACAGUGGUUCCACUAUUGCUGCAGGAGUUGUCACAGAGAUUAAAGAAUGACCACCACAGAAAGUGGUGCCAGAACUUCCAACGUCCAACCAAAAUGCAAAAGAUAUCCAAACUUCGGUUUAAGAAUCCAGUUACUUCAGUUGAAGGAACAAGUGCAAUUAACUGAGGAGAAGAUGGAUGAUGACAAAAGCUAAAUCGUGUGAGACACCUGCGGAGCCCUUCAUCAGUCUCUCCCACUGCAGAACAAGAUGCCAACUGACAAGGAACUGCAAUUGUUGCACUACUCCAUCUCAAGAAUCUUAUGUGUUUCUCCGUGUGGAAUUUAGCCCUUAGAGCUUCAUGGAAAAAAUCUUAGAAAGUUGAAUUAGAGAAAAAGGCAAUGAAUCAUCAUGAAACAAACUUAUUACUUCCAGACAUAAAUUGUUUACAUAUUUUCUUUGAUUUGCUUUUUUUGCUGCACAUUAUUUCAGUUAAGUAACUUUAUUGGCCUAAUAUAUUUUAGGGUCAGGUUGAAUGCACGUUCAGUGAAAAAAAACCACACAACUAUUUACUUUGGUUUCAAGAGAGUGGCAUGUGGUGUUAGCCCAGGAUUUUUUUUCCCUGUCCCAAAACUUAUUUAAAAGAAGAAGUUUGCUCUUGUGUAGUGAAAGCUGUGCCAAGAUUGGCUAAUUUUAUUUUUUAAACUGUA